AUGGCGAUCACGGUCCACUAUCAAUUCGGUCCAAGCUGCAGGUCAGUCGCCAAUCGGACCUCUGUCGAUAAGAUCUCAUACGCCGGCGGAGGUCCGGAUGGGGCCUGCAGUCAGGGAGUUAGGGCUUACUCUAGACUCAUCGACCGCGUCAAGGCUUCAUUCGAGGGCGUCAAGGGCAUGACCCGUCAGCUGGGCAACUUCAGUUUCACCCGCGUCUAUCAGGCAGGGCGUGAGGUGCCCGCCUAUCAGCCCCUGGCUUCCCUGGAGAUCUUCCGACGCGCCAACUUUUCAUCUGGAUAUUCCGUCCGGGAUGCGGCCGGGUUGCGGGAUACCUUCGAGAUUCGGAAUGAGGUGCCCGCGGUGCCAAAGUCGCGGUGCUAUAUCUUGGCCCCCGGGUCCUGUGAGCUGGAGGUGUGGAAGACGGUGCUGGAUGGUACGGCGGUGGUGAGGAAUUGGCAUGUGGUGGAGGAUGAGGAUGGGGAUAGGGAUUGGGAAGAUGCGGAAGAUGCUCUGAGUAAUGGGCGAAAGCAGGUUGUCUUGGAUGGGAUUGGGUGA